AUGAAGCAACCAUCAAUCAUGUCUCCGCCCGUGGCCCUCAUUGCCGCCGUCGUGCUGGCGGUGAUCCUGACUGGUCGUGCAGUCGACGCGACUGUGGCCAGCACCUGCAAGGAGGCAGCCGCCAGCGACGUGCGGGUCAGCCUGCAGCUGUGCCUGUCGCAGCUCAGCAGCCAACGGGGCGCCGCGGACGCGGACGCAUGGGGCCUGGCCAAGGUGGCCUCCCUGGCGGGCGUCAACAACGCGGCCCUCGCCGCGGACGACGUCAAGACCCUCUUGGCGGGCAACCCAAGCCUGCCCAUGAAGCAGGCGCUGGCCAAGUGCGACACGGCUUACAGUGAGGCGGCCGUCGCCUUUGCACAGGCCAGCGACGAGAUCAACGGGCGGUCCUACGCCACGGGGAAGAAGAAGCUAGAGGAGGCACUGGCGCAGGCGCAGCAGUGCAACGCGGCAUUUGGGACACACGGGGUGACGCUGCCGCAGCCGCUGGCACAGCAUACCGUCGACUCCAUCCAGAUCGCCAUCAUCGCGGAAGCCAUCACCGGCCUCAUUAAGUGAUCUAUGAGUUUGAGCAAGUACUACGUGCAAGCUAGUAAUAAGUAGCUAUACUAAUUAUACGGACAGUAUGGCGAUCCAGUUUCCCUUUUCACAUUUCGUAUGCAAUUGAUGUGGUCUCGUCUGGCGUGGAUCGGGAAGAAGUUGAAAACCCAAUUUUUGAUCUUGACAAAUGAUGAUCAUACUAUUCUUAUAAAAAAAACACUGUACUGCUACAAAUGUAAGCUGAUCAAUUUCAUGAAACAAAACUGCAAGGAA